AUGAAGAGGAAGCGCAGCGCGAGCGACGCCGUCGCCCAGGCCCGGCCCCGCCACACGACCCACCCCACCCACCCCGUCCUCCAGCGCUUCUAUCCGCAGGUGCUGCCGCUUCGCCAGUUCCUGCUGUCGAGGCUGGCCGGCGCCUCGACCCGCAAGCGGCGCCGCAUCGCACAGCUCGGCCUGGGGCGCGAACCAACCGCCGCCCCUGGUGCUGUGGUCGCCGAUGAUCUGCGAAUCCUCCUGGACGACACCUGGGUCGGCGCCGCCCACCACGCGGCCCCCGCCGAGCGUGCCGAUCUCGAAAAGGACCUCGAGGUCCUCUCCCAGGAGCUGCCUUCGAGCAGCAGUCCGGGCGACGUCUGCCCCGAGCUCCAGUCGGAGAUCGUCGACUUUGUCAUUCGAUCACUGUUCAAGAAGCAUCCCGGUCUGCAUCGGCCGCCUCACGUCCUUUGCCAUGGGUACGAGCGGGCAUCGUGCCCGGAUCGCGGCCCCGGCCCGCUGCCAGAUGCGUCUCCCAACAUGUCCGGCAUCGUGAGCCGUUAUCCCAACAGUCACGUCAAGGCUGUCAAGGGCCCCGCAUGGUCCGCGUUGCUUGUCUCGCUGGGCAGCGGCGGCGACCGAAUCAUGGUGGAAUUGCUGAUGAACUGUGGGGUUUUUGCUUCCCUAGACGGUCCGAGUGGAGGCUGCUAUCAGCUGAGUGGAAAGUCUUUGGCGGACCUUGAGCCCAUCUUCCCGCACAGGGACCUGCAGAAUAAAUCUGCACAGGGGGGAGGCUCCAUCCCUGCGCCGGGGCCUAAACGGCCAAGGUACAGGGGUCCGGAUAGCCUCACGGCAAUAACUUUCGUCAGAAGCCGUAUGCUUUACGCGAGAGCCGCCCUCAACGCAAAGGGCGAAGUGCGUUUCGGCCUCCGUCAUAUUCAUGUGCUCAACCGUCUGUCGGAUCAUACCUCGUUGAAGCAAACCAUCCACAUCUUGAAAUACAUCUUCCCCCGCCAGUUCGGCCUGCACAAUGUGUUCACUUGCAAGACAAACUUUCGGGAGACAUCACAGCCAUUCAAGGACUACACGCUGCGUGAGCAGGAAAUCUCACGUGACUUGCUGCGCAGGGCGUCCGGUAAAGGCCGGCGCGACUCGAAAUCUGGCGACAUCAAAGAUGUGAUACCCAGGAGAUUGAGGGGCCAUGCCGUGGAUCUUGUCCGCCGCUUCCGAGUCCUGCAUCGCCGGUGUUCCUACGUUGAACUGCUCCAUUACUACUGUCCGACUCUUCCCGAGGAAUCCCAGGCUACCUUGAAUGGACAUGGACAUCAGCCAUGGUCAAGGGAUCGGGAUGUCGAGAAGUCGGAUAUCACUGGAGCUUCGGGGUUGCAGCAGGGCGCCGCGCCUGCCGGAAGUAGCACACACCAGGCCUGUUUCACCGAUAUGGCGACUCCCGAAUAUCAAGUGGAGGCCUUCUGCCGUUCCAUCAUGAAAAAUGUCGUACCCAGUCGUCUCUGGGGCGAAGGGGAAACUCAGGCGCACAAUAGUCAUGCUUUCUUGGCUCAAGUCGGACGAUUUGUGCGCCUUCGCCGCUUUGAGAGCCUUACACUUCACGAAGUCAUGCAGGAUAUGAAGAUUACCGGAGUCGCUUGGCUUCAGCCUCCGAACGCUCACCCAGGACAUAAAAUGUCACAAUCAGAUUUCACCAAACGGCGAGAGCUCCUCGCAGAGCUUAUUUACUAUUUAUUCGACUCCUUUCUCAUCCUCCUGAUCCGCACCAACUUUCACGUAACUGAAUCAAAUGCCGACAAAAACCGGCUAUACUAUUUCCGUCAUGACGUAUGGAGGAAAUUGACGGAGCCUGUGUUGGCACACUUGAAGACGACCACCUUCGAGGAAAUAAAGGCCGACAGAGCGACUAGGAUUUUAUCGUCACGUCAGCUUGGCUACAGCCAGGUCCGCCUUUUGCCCAAGAAAAUCGGAGCCCGACCAAUAACAAACCUUAGACGGCGGGUGCAGAUCACGGUAAAUGGCAGAUCGAUCCUGGGGAGAAGCAUCAACUCAGUAAUGAAGCCGGUCUUCAGUAUUCUUAAUCUGGAGAAGUCGCACCAGCCUGAGAGACUCGGUUCGUCACUGUUUUCGGUCGGCGAGAUGUACUCUCGACUCAAGGCAUUCCGCUUUGCUUUGGCACAACGAGGCCUGGUGGAAAAGCCACUCUACUUUGUGAAGGUCGAUGUGAAAUCCUGCUUCGACACGAUCCCCCAGAAGAGGCUGUUAGAUAUCGUCAGAGACCUGCUAAGUCUUGAUGACUAUCGUGUCAAGCGGCACGUCGAAGUCAACUCAGCAAUUUCCUGCCGGUAUUCGAGCAACAUGGGGUGUGCUGUGAAGCCGGUCAAGAAGUACCUUGCACAGGCAAGGGGGACGAGUGACGCGCGCGACUUUGCAGGGGUUUUGCGGACGCAGUCGAGGAGCAAUCCUCGCAAUGCAGUGUUUGUCGACUCGGUUGUUGAGCAACGGCAGAGCAAGGAAGAAGUGAUGAAGCUCUUGACGGAGCACGUCGAGCGCAACAUCAUCAAGAUAGGCAAGAAAUACUACAGGCAAAAGACGGGCAUUCCCCAAGGGUCCGUACUGUCCAGCCUGCUGUGUAGUUUUUUCUACGCGGAACUGGAAGCCGAUCUUCUCGGCUUCCUGGGAGCCGACACGAGCGUCUUGCUCCGCUUGAUUGACGACUCGUUGCUGAUCACCACCGAGCGACAGCACGCUGAACGGUUCCUGCGCGUCAUGUACGAGGGCAACGAAGACUAUGGCGUCGGCGUGACGAAAGAGAAGACGCUGUUGAAUUUUGGCUGCAGCGUAGACGGGGCCGAGGUGCCCCGACUCCCGUCCCUAACAAGCUUUCCGUAUUGUGGAACGCUGAUCAACACUAGAAAUUUGAACAUCAGCAAGGACUUCGGGCCAAAGGCUCCACGAGAAUUACGCAACGGUCUAACGGUAGAAUUCUCAAAGCUUCCGGGGCAGACGUUCCAUCGGAAAACGCUGAAUGCUCUGAAGAUGCAGCUGCACGCAAUGCUUCUCGACACGUCGUUCAACCUGGAGCGGACGGUUCUUGGCAACCUCUAUCGAUGCUUCGCCGACACGGCGCGGAAGUGCUGCGAAUACCUCAGGUGCCUGCCGGCGCGCAAGCGCAGCAGCGACAGCCUCCUCAUCAAGACAGUUCACGACGUUGCAGCGCUGGCGGCGGCCACGAUGCGGCGCAAGAAGGAGGGCAGGAGGGCGGCGGCGUGGCAGGGCUACCAGUGCGAGGUUAGCCGACGUCAUACACAAUGGCUCUGCUACCGCGCCUUCCAGUCGGUGUUUCAGCGCAGGCCGACCAAGCACGCGCUGCUCCUGCGGUGGCUGGCGGCGCGGGCGGCGGCGGGCAGGCCGCGGGCGGCGGCCGAGCGGGCGGCGCUGGCACAGGCAGCCAGCGCAGGCAGCGCAUGA